CGCGAGCAUGGAUGCGAAUACUAGUGAGCAGGUACAAGACGCUGGGAAGCGAGGUAUGUCCUGCGGAAACACCCUCCCCCUCCCCGCCCUGGCCUUUAUAUUGACACCCUGCCGGCACAGCAUUCCGAACAAUGUCAGUGCCACCCCCAGCGGGGCAGACCUGACUCAGCCCGACGACCAUGGCACUGGCAUUGGCGCGCCCGCCACUGUCUUGGACGCCGCAUCAAGGGCGCGUGGCACGGCGGCUCCCCUGCGAGGCCAGUGAUGCGCUGCUACAUCCGCUGUUAGCGCAAUCGGUGGGCGAUGGGGUCGGCCACGGAUCACGAGGAGGGAGCGCUCCCGCUGCUCGUCGCGCUCAUAUAAUUUGUUGCGGGGACGAUCAUCUCGCGCCUCUCAUCUGUGUUCGCAACGACAGAAUCAAGAAAUGCAGUUGGAGGUGAACGAUACGCCCCCCUUGGUGUCACCUUCAUCUGUCCGAUUUUUUCGGGCGAUGAAACCACCCCCGUCGACCCUCUUUGGAUGGCAGUCCUGUGUAUUCGUCUGAGGAGGG